AUGGAUAACAAUGGACUUGUUCUUAAAGUAGAAGGUAACGAGUUGUUAAUAAACCAAGUGAAUAAUGAAGGUACCAAGAGAAAUUUUAAUUUAUAUUUAUAUAAAUUAAAAACAAAAAAUGACAAAUUAAGAUAUUAUGAAAUAAAUAAUUGUAUAACAUCUGAAAAUUAUGUUAAGGGAUAUAUAAAUGAAAAUGGUAAUAUGGUAUUACUUUAUGAUGAACAAUUUUAUAUAUAUGAAAAUGAGAAGAAGAAGAAAAGUUGUUUAAUAAAUUUAAGUGAUUGUGAACCUGUGGAUUUUAUAUAUUUUAAGAAACAUUUAAUUUUUAUUGAGAAUAAGAAAAUUUCUUUAUUUCAAGCCAAACAAAAUGGAAAAAGUAUGGUCAUGUUAAAUUUAAAAGAUAUACCAUUAAAAAUAAAUUUUUGUUCAUAUAAAAAUUUAUUCUAUUUAUGUACAAGGAAGAGAUUAUAUUUUUUAAAAUUAUUUUAUGUGAAAGAAAAUAAAACAUUAAAAGUGAAAAAUACAAAUAUGAGUCUUCCUAUAAAAAAUAUAAAUGAUCAAUAUGCAUAUCAUUCUUACAGAAAUUUAAUUCAUAAAAUUGAUCAGAAGUACAAAGAAGUUAUACAUGUCUGUUGUUAUUCUGAUCGAGAAGUUACCAUUUAUAAAUUUGUAAAGGGGCAAUAUAAAAAUAAAAAAAAAUGUUUACACAAAUUAACUGUAAAGGAAUUUAAUAAUGACAAAAUUCGUGGCGCAUUUUUCUUUAAAGUCAAGUUAGAAAAUAGUCUUAAAGGACAAAUCAAAACAAGUCAUUAUAUAAAUGAUAUGACUGAUCAUACGGACAUCAACCAUAAUAAUAAUAAUAAAAAAGAUGACAAUAAAAAUGAUGACAAUAAAAAUGAUGACAAUGAAAAUGAUGAUAACAACAACAAUCAUAAUAAUAUUGUUAAUAAUAAUAUUAUUAAUAAUAAUAUUGUUAAUAAUAAUAUUGUUAAUAAUAAUAUUGUUAAUAAUAAUAUUGUUAAUAAUAAUAUUGAUGACAAUCACCUAAAUGAACCAAGUGAUGAGGAAGAUAUCAUAAAAUUGUACCUUUUAAUAUAUAACGAAUGCGGAAAAGUUUUAAUUUAUUUUAUUGAUUAUUUAAAUGAGAAAUAUUUUAAAUUUGGAUUAACUCAUAUUAAAAACGAAUUUGUUGUAUAUAUGCAACUACCUUUUAAACCAUUUUAUAUAUAUAAUACAUCGGAUAUUUUUAGAAAAAGAGUAAUAAAGCAAAAAAAUAUUAUACAAAAAAAAAAAAAGUUAUCAAACAAUUAUAAUAAGUAUUUAGAAUAUAUAUUAAAUAAAGAAGUAUAUGUUAAAAAUCAUUUUUUCUUUGAGUGUGUUUUAGUAGAAGAAAAGUAUGCAACUAUAUAUACUAUUCAAAUGAAUUAUGAGUUUUUAUCAAAUCAUGAAGAGGGACAAGAAUUAGUUUGUAUGGAUUCAAAAGAUUCAAAUCAUAAGAUUAUGGCAAUAAAAGAAAAAAAUGAAAAUUGUGAUAAUAACCAAGAGCAUGGUAAUCAAAACAAAUUAAGUCAUAUGUUAAAAGAAUCCAAAUUUUCUUGUUAUUCCGAUAGUGAUUCUUAUAUAGAUAGUGAAAUCACUUGGACGGAUAGUCAAGCAGUGAGUGAACAUUUAUCUUUUUAUACAGACACUGAUUCCCAAAUAGAAAAUGAUAUAGAUAAAAAUGAAAAGACACAGGAUAAUUUAAAUGAUGAUAUGAAAAUAAAUCAAAACAAUAAGGAAGACAAUCAUAAUAAUAAAACGAAUUCGAUGGAAUUAUCAUUACACACAGAUACUUGUUUAAAAUCAGAUGAGGAAGAAUCGAACGUAACAAAUUAUUUGAACAAUUUUAAAAGUAGUGAUAUACAAAAGGAAGAUAUAAAUAAAGAAUUAGAUGAAAAUGUAACAUAUGUAGAAGAAUGUACUAAUAAAGAAAACAUUGAUAUGGUGAAUAAAUAUGAUGAACAUGUAUGUGAUAUAUAUAAUGAUCAAACUAUUUAUCAGAACAAUAUAAAAUUUAGCGAAGAAAAUUCAUACAUAAAUAAAGAAAUAUGUUCAUCAUCCAAGAAUAUGAAUGAAGAAGAAGUAAACCAUGAAAUGACACAUUUCGAAACAGUUGUUGUAUCAAAAUUAAAUUUAGAAGAGAAUCAUAUAAAUGAAGUUGAACAAAACAAAUCAAAUAUGAUAACUAAUAAUACAAAUAUAAAUUCGUUACAAGAAAGUAGUGAUAUAUGUAUCAAAGAAAAUAAUAAUAUAUCAUGUAAUGGAUAUAUUGAUGUAAUAAAUCAUAAACAUGUGGAUAAUGUAAAUAAUACCAAUAAUAAAAUAGGAAAUAUUACACAGGAUGACUUUAAUAGUUAUGCUAAUAAGAAUACCAUGGAAAAUGUGGAAGAAAUAGAAGUGAAUAAUACAGUUCCAAAAGAUAUAAAUAUGUAUUACCCAACACAGUAUAAAAAUUCUAGUGAUGGUUCAUAUAAUUCUUCUUUAUCGAUGCAAAAUGAAAAUAUGAAAAUGUCAGUGUAUUCGCACUCGAAGGACGAAAGUAGCGAAGCAUUUUAUUAUAUUAGUGAGGACGAGGGGGAAUAUUAUGACUUAAAAAAAAAUAUGGAUGAUGAGACGGCAGAUGAAAUAAAUGAUGAUAUAAAAGAAGAAAUGGAACAUGAUAUAAAAGAAGAAAUGGAAGAUGAAAUAAAAGAUGAAAUGGAAGAUGAAAUAAGAGAUGAAAUGAGAGAUGAAUUAAAAGAUGAAAUAGGAGAUGAAUUAAAAGAUGAAAUAAGUGAUGAAAUAAAAGAUGAAAUAAAAGAUGAGAUAAAAGAUCAAGUAGAAAAUAAAAUAAAUGAUGAUAUAAAAGAUGAAAUAAGAGAUGAAUUAAAAGAUGAAGUAGAAAAUAAAAUAAAUGAUGAAAUAAAAGAUGAAAUAAAAGAUGAAAUAAGAGAUGAAAUAAAAAAUAAAAUAAAUGAUGAAAUAAAUGAUGAAAUAAAUGAUGAAAUAAAUGAUGAAAUAAAUGAUGAAGACACAAUUGGAAUGGCAAUUGAAAAUAAACCAGACAUGCAGGAAUUAAAUUGCAAGAUAAUUGCUGAGAAACUAUUUGAAAAUGAGAAAAUUGAACAAAUUAAUGAGAAGGAUAAUAUGAAGAAUGAUAAUAAUGAUAAUAAUGAUAGUAAUGAUAAUGAUGAUAAUGAUAACAAUGAUUAUAAUGAUGAUAAUAAAAAUAUCGAGAAGAAAAGCAAAAAGAAAAGAAAGAAAGAAAAAGAAAAUAUAGAUGAAAAUAUAACAACAGAUUAUGAAUCCUCAAAAAAUAUUAGAGAAGGCAAAAAAAUCAAGAUAAAUGAAAUAGAGAAUGAAGAAAAGAAAAAUGUACAAAGAAAAGAAAUUGAGAAACAAAAUAAUAAUAUAUCAAAAGGUAAAAAAGAUGUAGAAGAUGUAUUUUCUGAUUUAGAUAUUGAAUCAUCUAAUAAUUCUACAAAUCAAUUAGAUAAUAAGAUAGGAAAUAAAAAUAAAUAUAAUUUUACAACAAUGUCAUCUAUGAUUAAACUUAAUAUAUCUUUAAAAAGAUAUAGCAAUUUGGUUGAUUUAAUUAAUGUAAAAGAUUACAAACUAGUUAAAAAAACCAUUGCUAAUCUUGGGAAAAAAUAUUGUAUUAAAUUAUUAGAUUUUCUUUUAGAUGCAUUAUUUAGAAAUAAAUAUUUUAUGAACAGGUUUUAUUUAUGGAUUAGAAAUAUUUGUAAACAACAUAAAGAUGUACUCAAGUCAAAAAAAUAUCGUAAAAUAAUAACCAAAUUAUCAGAAAUAGCAAACGGCAAUUUAAAAAAUGAAGAAAUAUUAAACCAUGUUAUUGAUAAAAUAAAUUUUACAAUAGAUCAUAUAAUUAAAAAUCAAGUUUUUGACAAUGUAGAAGUACUCAAUUAUAGAGAUGGAACCAUAAUAAAAUGA